ACAGCGGAAAGAGAGAGAGAGAGGAGUCUGCGCACUGCAGUGCCUUCUUUCGUUCGGAAGUUUGGAAAAAUACACAAAGGAGCAGCGGAGCGGAGUGAGGUGAGUGUCCGGACACAGACCUCAGUAGUCUCCUGCUUUGCCCUCUGGAGCGUGGCUGUCUGCUGCAGAGCCAUCCCAUGAGCCAUCCACGGAGCGCAUCAACCCGCGGAGAAGCGAGAGGCAGCGACAGAACGCCCCCGGAGCCGCAAAGCAUUUGUGUGUCAGGAUCAGCACAGAGAUGAACAAGGCGGAUUACAUCAUCCCUCCAGAUGAGGACUUCACCAGAGUGGACCCAACGCUCCUCGGGAACAGGGCCAAACCGCGGUUCUCCCACACGGAGGUCAAGGUUUUGCUCGAGGCCAUCAAGAAGAACCGCUAUGUCCUGCUCCGGAAGUUUAACCAGGGCGUCUCUGCUGAGGCCAAGAAGAAGAUGUGGUGCCGAAUCACAGACCAGAUCAACAGUCUGGGGGAGAACCAGAGGGAGGUGCGUCAGAUCAUGAAAAAGUGGGCGGACCUGAAGUUCGAUGCAAAGCGCCGCAUGGUGGGAUCCAGGAAGCGCUUCAGGAGGAGGAACCUGGGCCCCAUUGAGAAGGCUGUCCACAAGAUCCUCACCAUGAGCCCAAAGGGAGAUGGAGAGAGCGACAUAGACCUUGAUGAGGACCGCUCCUUCGCCAGUAUCUCUCUGCCUGAGAACAGCCUGUCUGAGAACACUAGCUUCAGCCUGCCUGACAGCUCCUACAGCGAAACCUUCAGUUCUGAGAUGUCCACCACCGACAGGGCAGGGGACGACUUGAACUAUGAAUCCCCGGACUAUGGCCUGGACUUUGAUGAGGAGGAUGAUGAAGACCACAGCCCCCUGAUGGAGUCAGAGGAGUUCUUCCGAUCAAAACCCACAUACACGUACUCCCGACAGGAGGGCAGCCCGUCCCGCCCCCAGGGCCCCGCCCCCUCAUCCCAGGACCAACAGCAAGGGGCAGGCCAGAUGCUGCAGAGCGCCACCACGUUGCCCCUGGCCCAGUGCCUGCAGCAGCAGAGGGUGAGCCGGGUGCUGCUGGCCUCAGUGGCCCGUUCCGUGGAGACCCUGGCACGCUCACUACAACUGAUGAAGCAAAGGCAGCAGGACUUUGUGCAGGAGUCUCUGGAGCUCCAGAGGCAAGGCGUGGACACUCUCAGGGACUUCUCCACUAUGGCCCUUGCUAUGCUGCGGACGCCACCCCGCGAUACAUCCACGGCCACGCCCAUCCCUGCGUAUAUACACAAGUGACACACCCACCGACAUGUCCACCACCGCAUACAUACACGUGGCACGUGGUUACUCAAGUAACCACUGCACCGACAGUAAAGUCACUCAGGACUUUUAAGACUCUGGGGGCCCCUUGUUGUAGCUUCCUUGGGCCACAUACACUAUAUACAAAAAUACAGAGGCCAGAAGGAUCAAGAUAAUACUGACCAGAGAUGGUUUGCUGUAUGGUUUUCAUGUUCCCUUUAACCUGUAAAUCUUAGUAACACUGUAACUCUUUCAUUGUUCAAAUGUAAAUAUUUAUGUAUGUGACUUUAAUCAUGUUACUCGGGCAACCUACUGUACCUCACUGCUCUAGUCAUGUGACCCAAAGAUCAAAUGACUGCUAAGAAGGACUGUAUACACCAAAUGAAAAAGUAAGUAAGUUGUGCUAGAAUCCAGUGACUCAAAAGUUUGUAUUCAGAACAUGGAUUUUUGGUAGAUUUGUACAGUUACUUCUCAACAAUGAGUAAGAGUAACUUAAAACAUUAUAUAAUAUAUAAUUAUGUAAUUAUAAAAUAAUGCACAAAAUCUGGUAUUUACAAACGAUAGAAACAAAAAUGAGAAAAACUGAAGGAGCGAUGCAAUAAACACAAAUGUUCAAAUAAUUUUGUAUUAUCAACAUAAAGCUUUUGUCACUUUGAGUAAUCAGAACUUUUACCCAAGUAAGAAUACUGUUACUUCAGUACAAAUAUUACUCAAGUGGACAAAAGUAUGCUGCUAGAAAAGUACUCUGAAAAGUAUAAUUUCUUUAAAAAGUUAAAUGUAACUGAGUACUAUCCACCUCUGAUUAUUAAUAAUACAUUCUGACCUGUUCUUAAAAGUUGUAUCGCCUUCUCUCUAUCUUUCACUUUCCUGAACCUAACCUUUUUUAAAAAAAAAUAAACCACAACUGGCAGAAAAAUAUCUUUGUUU